AUAAACAUAAUACUGACCCUACUCACUAACAUAUCGCUAGCAUCUCUACUCAUCCUAAUCGCAUUCUGACUACCCCAACUAAAUAUCUACAUAGAAAAAGCAAGUCCAUAUGAAUGCGGUUUUGACCCACUAGGAUCAGCACGUCUGCCUUUCUCUAUAAAAUUCUUCCUAGUAGCCAUCACAUUCUUACUGUUUGACUUAGAAAUCGCAUUACUUCUCCCAUUACCAUGAGCCUCACAAUCAAACAACCUAGAAACGACACUCAUUACAGCACUAACAUUAAUUUCCAUCCUAGCCGUAAGCUUAGCCUACGAGUGGACCGAAGAAGGCUUAGAAUGGAAUGAAUAA